ACAACGUCCAAACGAGAGAACCGCAUUGAUCUGUGCUACUGGGGCUCAGAAGUGACGCUGAAAAUGAUCUCAAAAAUCCUCAAUAAGAAGAUCUAUGUGGUCGUGGCGUCAACUGGGCUGGAGACAUCAAGCUUCCAGGUUUUCUACCCAGCUCAAAGUAACAGAAAUGGCGAAACCUACAUGACAGUGAAAGAAAAGAACUUCAGCAUUGGGGUACCAGAGGACUGGAUACAAGAUAUUCAAGCAGGUGUUCGUGGCGAGAACCUCCAGCUGAAGGAGAAGGUCCGCCAGCUGCAGGCCCAGCUCGCACUCGCGUCUCUGUAG